AUGCGGGGAAAAAGAAUUGCAGUGAUUGGUGCUGGGGUCAGUGGAUUAGGUGCCAUUAAGAGCUGUCUGGAAGAAGGACUCGAGCCGACCUGUUUUGAAGGAAGCAGUGACAUUGGGGGACUGUGGCGAUAUGAGGAGAAGACUGACAGUGGCAGGCCAAGUAUCUAUAAAUCUGUCAUCUGCAACACUUCCAAGGAAAUGACUGCCUAUAGUGAUUUCCCAUUCCCUGAUCAUUAUCCCAACUAUGUGCACAAUUCCAGAAUCUUGGAGUACCUCAGGAUGUACACGAAACACUUUAACCUUAUGAAAUACAUCCAGUUUCUGUCAAAGAUACGUGGUGUGAGGAAGCGCCCCGACUUCUCCUCCACAGGACAGUGGGAUGUUGUGGUAGAGGCUGAAGGGAAGCAGAAAUCCUAUGUCUUUGAUGGGAUCAUGGUGUGCACUGGCUUUUAUGCUGAUCCAUUCUUACCACUCCACAACUUUCCAGGGAUCAAGAAGUUCAAAGGUCAAUAUAUGCACAGUUGGGAAUACAAGAUACCAGAGAAAUUUCAGGGGAAGAGAAUUAUUGUGAUCAGCAUUGGAAAUUCUGCAGCUGAUUUGGCAAUUGAGCUCAGUCAUGUAGCCACACAGGUAUUCCUCAGCACAAGGCGGGGUACAUGGAUUUGGUGUUGGGUCUGGGAUAACGGGAUGCCCGUGGACACCGUUCUCUUGACUCGUUUUAACUCUGUCCUCAACAAACUCUACCCGACAUUUUUAAUCAACAGAUGGGCUGAGAAUAAAUUAAAUGCACAAUUUAACCAUGACAUUUACGGUUUACAGCCUCAACACAGAUUUCUGAGCUAUCAAAAUACUUUGAGUGAUGAUCUACCCAACCACAUAAUUUCUGGAAGAGUUUUGAUAAAACCAAAUGUGAGAGAGUUUACUGAGACGUCAGCCAUUUUUGAAGAUGGCACGGAAGAGGACGUUGAUGUUGUCGUCUUUGCCACAGGAUAUAAUUUCUCUUUCCCUUUUUUGGAAAACAAUUCAACAGUUCUGGACAGCCAGCUCUCCAUGUUUAAAUAUGUCUUCCCUCCUCAGCUGGAGAAGCCAACCCUAGCUUUCAUCGGCAUCCUCCAGCCAGCAGGAGCCAUCAUUCCCAUAUCAGAACUCCAGAGCCGAUGGGCUGUGCGCGUAUUCAAGGGAUUAAACAAAUUACCUUCAGUGAGUGACAUGGUGGCUGACAUAACAAAGAAGAGAAAAAAAAUUGAAAAAGACUUCCUGAAUAGUCCCCGGACCUCACGCAAAGUGCAGUACAUAGAUUACAUGGAUGAACUUGCCUCUGAAAUCGGAGUGAAACCCAGCCUAUUCUCAUUGUUCCUGUGGGACCCGAAGCUGGCCAUGGAGGUUUUCUUCGGCCCAUGCACCCCAUACCAGUACCGCCUGCAAGGCCCAGGAAAGUGGGACGGGGCUCAGAGAGCCAUUCUGACCCAGAAAGAGCAGAUCAUCAAGCCCCUGAGGACUCGCAUCCUCAGCUGUGGCCAGCCUGUGCCAUGUUUGUUUAGAAGUGUCUGUGCAGCCCUUCUCCUCCUCAUCCUCACUUUAGUCAUUCUAAGAGGGUAA